AUGUCCUCCCCAUUCUCCAUCAAUGGUGGAGCCUGCGUGGCCAUGGCAGGCAAAGAUUGUGUGGCUAUUGCGUGCGAUCUAAGGCUUGGACUACAAGCUCUCACGGUCUCGAACAACUUCCCGAAGAUCUUCCCAUACGGCUCGAGCGUAUAUCUCGGACUCACAGGCCUUGCAACAGAUGUCAGUACUGUCAGCGAACUUUUCCGAUACAAGGUGAACAUGUACCGGUUGCGCGAAGAACGGGACAUCUCGCCGCAAACAUUCGCACAUCUGGUUAGCAGCAGUUUGUAUGAGCGGCGUUUCGGGCCCUGGUUUGUGAGUCCGGUAGUGGCAGGCAUAAAUGGCACGACAGGAAAGCCUUUCAUCUGCGGAUUCGACUCGAUCGGCUGCAUUGACUUCGCCAAAGAUUUCAUCGUAUCCGGUACCGCUUCUGAUCAGCUGUUCGGUACCUGCGAAGGCCUAUGGGAGCCUGAUCUCGGGCCCGAAGACCUGUUUGAGACCAUUUCUCAAGCAUUACUGAAUGCUGUGGACCGUGAUGCCUUGUCAGGCUGGGGUGCACAUGUGUACAUCAUCGAGAAGGACAAGGUCACAAAGAGACUGCUCAAGGGACGGCAAGACUGA